AUGGGGGCGGGCAAAAGCAAGCCCAAGGAGCCGGGCCAGCGCUCCAUGAGCCUGGAUGGCACUAUCGGCACAGGCUCAGACAGCGGGCACUUCCACCACCUGGGCCCCGCCCAGCAGACCCAAACCCCCAACAGGAGCCCUGCCGUUGGGACAGGAAGGCGGGGGCAUCAAGGGCAGCACCAGCACGCCCCGACAAACACUCCUGAGCUGGCUCUUUUUGGAGGGGUGGACCACACAGGCACCAUUACCUCACCUCAGAGAGGACCUCUGUCAGGAGGUGUCACUACAUUUGUGGCGCUGUAUGACUAUGAGUCACGGACAGCGUCUGAUCUGACCUUUAGGAAAGGCGACAGGCUGCAGAUUGUCAACAACACGAAAAAGUACAGCUUCAGAGAAGGGGACUGGUGGCUCGCACGCUCCCUGACGACAGGCGAGAGUGGUUAUAUCCCCAGUAACUAUGUGGCUCCGUCCGACUCCAUCCAAGCAGAAGAGUGGUAUUUUGGGAAGAUCACUCGGCGUGACUCAGAGAGGCUCCUUUUGAACCUACAGAACAGACGAGGAACCUUCCUGGUGAGGGAGAGCGAGACCACUAAAGGGGCGUAUUGCCUGUCAGUGCUGGAUUAUGAUAACACCAAAGGCCUGAAUGUUAAACAUUACAAGAUCAGGAAGCUGGAUAGUGGAGGUUUCUACAUUACCUCCCGCACCCAGUUCACCAGCCUACAGCAGCUAGUCUUCCACUACCGCAAGCACUCUGAUGGGCUGUGCCAUGCUCUGACAGAUGUGUGUCCUGUGGCCAAACCUCAGACCCAGGGACUGGCCAGGGACGCCUGGGAGAUCCCCAGAGAGUCCCUCCGCCUUGACAUUAAACUGGGACAGGGCUGCUUUGGAGAAGUCUGGAUGGGUACAUGGAACGGUACAACGCGAGUAGCCAUCAAGACCCUAAAGCCUGGCACCAUGUCUCCAGAGGCCUUUCUUCAGGAAGCACAGGUCAUGAAGAAGCUGAGGCACGAGAAGUUGGUCCAGCUGUAUGCUGUGGUGUCGGAGGAACCGAUCUACAUUGUGACAGAGUAUAUGAGCCAAGGUAGCUUAUUGGACUUCCUUAAAGGGGAAGCAGGAAAGAUGCUUCGUCUGCCUCAGCUGGUAGACAUGGCCGCUCAGAUUGCUGCGGGCAUGGCUUACGUGGAGAGGAUGAACUACGUCCACAGAGAUCUGCGUGCCGCCAACAUCCUGGUGGGAGAUAACCUGGUGUGUAAAGUGGCUGACUUUGGUCUGGCAAGACUCAUUGAAGACAAUGAGUACACUGCAAGACAGGGAGCUAAAUUCCCGAUCAAAUGGACAGCACCGGAGGCAGCUCUGUACGGUCGCUUCACCAUCAAGUCAGACGUCUGGUCCUUUGGUGUGCUGCUCACAGAGCUGGCAACUAAAGGCAGAGUCCCCUAUCCAGGAAUGGUGAACCGUGAGGUGCUCGACCAGGUGGAGCGCGGCUACAGAAUGCCCUGCCCAGCGGAGUGCCCCAGCUCCUUACACGAGCUCAUGCUUUCCUGCUGGAGGAAGGACCCGGAGGAGAGACCUACAUUUGAGUACCUGCAGGGCUUCCUAGAGGACUACUUCACCUCCACAGAACCCCAGUAUCAGCCUGGGGAGAACCUAUAGAACCACACACUGAACCGAACCUGAGGGGGGGAACCUCAACACAGAACGAUCUGCACUAGCCGACCUCAGAGGAACACCUGUGAGAGGAUCUGAGCCUGUGAAACUCAUCUGAGAUUCUUCUGUGAAAGCAAAACCAAGACAGAAACUGGCAGACAUCCCCGCUGUGCCAUUAAGGAACUGCUGCAGAAGAACCUGGAGAACCUCCUGCCUGCAUAACACUCACUGUUUACUUUAGAUUCUCCUGUAGCUGUAAGAGGAGAACUCUUUGCUGGACAAACUCUGGCUCUGAUUUUGACUGAUGGACUACACUUGCGGGUAAAUGUUUUUGAGAGGUGCAACUGAUGAGGGAGGAAUCGAAUCAGGAUCUUCAGACAGAGCAAGAGGGAAAAGAAGAAGCCUCCUGUCGAAGAGAGAAGGCCAAGGGAGGAUAUUUCAGUCGGGCAUGAGCUAUUCAGCAACACCUCCCGCUUUCCCUCUUCAGUUGUGUAUGUUUGCCCUCAUCUGGUACCUUUUCCGCCCACAGAAGAGCACUGCCACUGUGGCUCACGUGGCAAAGGAAAGUCUGUCUCUCUUAAAACGUCCUUUAUCUCCCGUCUGCCUCUCUCCUCUCUUUCUCUUUUUCUGUCUGACUUUCACUAACUUCUCUCCGGUUUUCUCAAGUGCUGCCUCUUCAAAGUAUCUCCAAGUAACUCACCUCUGGAACUCUACUCUGCAUCUUUAUUUAUGUUUACUUGGACAAUAUGUCUCCCGUGGUUUAAAGUUUUGGUCAGUGGCAGACAAAAGUUCCUGAUUUCUCUUUAUAUUUUCUGUGAUUAUCGAUAGGCAAAGUUCUUAGAACCACUAUCAUUGUAUUGCCAGGGUAAAUGUACUCUACAGGCAGGUUCUGUAACGCUGAAAAUUAUGUAAUUUCAAUUCAAAUUUGAGGCCUUUAUCUCUUGUUUAUCCCUUCUUUUUCUAGCUGUAUUUCUUGACUUAUGCUGAACGGCCAUUGUGGCCUGCUGGAUCCAACCUCGAUGAUUAAAACUGAUUUUGAUGCAGAUAGUGUUGGAAUGCUUGUUGUUUUGAUUGACUAUGAUUUAACUGGAAAGUUGCAUUGAAAAAAAAUCAGCACUGUUGUGGUGGCAGUACAGAGCAGUUUUAGUAGUUACCAGUUCAUUUCCUCAGAGGCAUAAAUGGGGUAACUUUCAUCAAACAUUUAUGUGACCUACUAAGAGGCUGACACAGCUACCGAACCAAUCAUAUUACUGUUUAAUAUCCAACUCGGCUCAAGAUGGGAAAACCCUGAGAGUAAAAGCCUGCUGUGUUCUGUGCCAAACAAAUUACAUUUCCCUACUGCUGUCUAUGUAUAUACUGUUUUAUUAUCAAGGGGCUUUCUUGAGUUUUCAGUUCUUAAACAGGUAACUCUUUACUUAAAAUAGUACAAUUAAAACUCUGCACCAUUUCCCAGUAAACGUCAUGUUAGUGAGUAGACGGGACAGGUAAACUUGUCACUGCUUGUUGAAGAAUUCAAAAGGUUUUUACACAUCUCACAGGUGUUGUGACCAUAAGAAUAUGCAACCAGGCAGCCCUAAUGAAACUAAAACUCUGAUCAGGUAACCCUAAUAAAACUGUUUUUAUGACUUACUAUAAGAGUUGAUUUUGAAACCAGUUAGCAUGCUUUUGUGCUUUUCUUCUCUUGACCAAUGGCUGGGUUUGUAUUUUUGCUGUAAUGUACAUCAACGUGUAUGUUUACUUUACUCCAGGUCCAGGUUAGGUGAGGCAUAAACAGACUUCUGAACAGUUGUGCCAUCAACCUAGAAUUCAUUUUUUUGAUAUCUAAUCCACUGCUGCCAGUUCUCACUGUCAUACUGUACAUACUGUAGCUCUUUAGGGUUGGUUUUUGUAUCAUGUAUGCCACUUUCAAAUGGCAGGUAUUUAUG